CUAUAGGUGAGUACUUUCUUUACGAUCUUCUGCUUUGUGGUCUGGUUAAAUCCUCUUUUGUUAUUUUUAUCUAAUUAUUCUAACUUCAAUUUAUGUAUAUCUUCUUUGUCGUGAGUUUUGAUCGUCUUGUAGACUUAGGUCAAAUAGUAUAUGUUGAUUUGGUACUCUUUUUUUUUGUCUAAUGAUUUGGUAUAUAUUGCUUUUUGAUUUUUCGUUGACUACUAGUCAUUUCAAAAUUUUGCUUUUCUUGCAUUGAGUGGAACUGGCAUUGUCUGGUCAGUGUUCGCUAAAAUCACUCUGAGAAACAUAGUAGCUAUAAAAAACUGUGAAAUGGCAUGGAUGUUAACUGUGAGGAUGAAUUUCAAAAGUGGAAACAUAUUAGUUGAGUGAUUAUGACUAGAGAAUAUUGGUUUUGGAAAAUUAGUAGUUUGGUAAUGUGUUUUUCAUAGGCAGACUAGUGAGUUUUAAUUCAAGUAACAUGUUUUGUGGGAAAGCAUUUUUUGUAGAAAAAAUGGAGGAUCAAAAGCAGACAAGUUUCACGUUUGAGAUAGAUAACUUCUCGGAGAAGGAAGGGUUGAUACGUUCACCAAAUUUCUUUAGUGGAGGCUGCGAAUGGUUUGUUGAUCUUUAUCCCAAAGGAUACGGUAUUGAAGAUCACUUGUCUACGUUCCUCUGUGUUGCAAACCCUGAAUCAUUGCUACUUGGAUGGAAAAGAAGAGCUAUUCUUUCAUUAGUGCUAUCAAACGAAUCCGGCAAAAGACUGUACGGAACAUUUAGAAAUGGACCACCGUGCAAGACUUUCUGCGCUCAGUUUCCAGCAUGGGGUUGGGCAAAUGCCAUACCUCUUGAAAAGCUUCACGAAAAUGGGUUUAUGGAGAAGAAUAAACUGAUAGUCCAACUCAAAGUACAAGUACUUGAAGUUGUUGAUGAAGCAGAAGUUACUGGUAAGGAGACAUUAGAUGUCAACGGUUUCCAAGUUCUUUAUUGUGAGGUUGGUCAAGUGACUAAUAUUUUCGCAAAGCAUCCGGACAUUGCCUUGAAUUUCAUACCAAAGAGCCAAUUGGUGAAAACAACAUACAUGCAUCUCCUCAUGGGUCUCAUCGAGAAACUGAACAAGCCUCCACGUAGCUUCACCAAGAACGAAUUAAGCGACACUCGCAUGGAAUUGACAGAUCUAACAAAAGCAGGGUUCAAGCUAGACUGGUUGAAGGAAAAGCUUGAUGAGAUUUCCUUGGAGUUGAAGAAAUCAAAUGAUGAUGGUUCCGUGAGUUCUUAUAGUUCUCGAGCCCAACAAAUGGAGGAAAAGCUCCAAGAACUCGAGAAACAAGUCAAGAAUCUCAACCUUGAACUGGACACAGAAAAGGUCAAGUCUGCCGCUGAAGUUUUGUUGUUGGAACAGACGGUGUCGGAUCUCAGAGAUGAGCUGAGCAUGAUAAAACCAAGAUCAACUCCUAAAGACGUACUUGAGGGAGUUGUUCUCUCUUGGGAAGUAUUGGAUUACCCGGAUCUCAGUAAUGAAGAAGUAGAAUAAGUAAUGACAUUUUGUUACUGUUUUCCUGUUUUCUUUUAUAAAUUCUAAAUUUCUUAGUUAUGUUCUUCUAUA